CGCAAGAAGCACACAGCCAUAUUGCAUGCAUGCCGUCGACCACGAAUUCAGGCAUUUCGUAAGGUCUACCCACAUUGACAAGAGCAUCGAAGCUAAAAGAAAGGUAAUAAGGAUGCUGUUUGUAAUAAUACUGGAGUUCUUCGUGUGCUGGACACCGUUACACGUUAUUAAUACGAUUUACCUAUUCUACCCAGACCAGUUGUACGAGCACAUAGGUUCAAAGGGAAUUAUUUGCUCACAGCUCCUCGCCUAUUGUUCGUCUUGCUGUAAUCCUAUCACAUACUGUUUUAUGAAUAGAAAGUUUAGGCAAGCCUUUAUAAGCUUAUCGAAAAGCUGCGGGAUCUUUGGGUUGUGUUGUCGUGAAAAAUCGGAGAGCGGAAAGCAGGCUGCUCCACCACCAGUCAGCUCCAGCCAAGAGGUCACCGCUUGUGUCAUAAGAGGCAGCCAGACUGGACGCACUGAGCUGGACGGACUGGAGGGGGAGGAUUGUGUUUAGCAGCGGCUCACACAGCACUGUUUUGGGAAGCGGCGUCCAUCCCGCGCUGCCGGCGCCCAUCGUAUCAAGACCCAUUACACAGGUCAUAGAAACAGGCGAAGAAGGGAGCCAGUUCCUAUACCGGAUAACAUGGUCGCGAGCCGGGCAACCCAAAACAGGGCCCACACUUCCACUUUAUGAGUAAAAAAUAUUGGUUGUCUGUAAAGUCGGUUUACUGACGAUAG